CCGGCUGAAAGAUCUGGCCAUUCGAUCAACAUGGCAACUCAACACAACUCCCUUCGCGACCGUCAAGUGGCGUCUAUCGAGAAGGUCCUAAACCUCAACCACGCCUCCCCCGAAAGCGCCGAUACACAGCACGAUGCAACCCUCGCCAACGGCCUUGUCACCAAAGCCACCCCUAUCCUCAAUGCCGACGGCGAGCCUAUCUGGAAGGUGCUUGUCUUUGACAGCCUGGGAAGAGAUAUGAUCAGUAGCGUCCUUCGCGUCUCGGACUUGCGCUCAUGGGGAGUCACAAUACAUCUACCUAUUACCUCAAAACGUCACGCCAUUCCCGACGUCCCUGCCCUCUACCUCGUCGAGCCUACUGCUGAGAACCUGAACAUCAUCGCAUCCGACCUUGCAAACGGCCUUUACUCAUCGGCAUAUGUCAACUUUCUCUCGUCCAUAUCAAGACCCGUGCUAGAGGACUUUGCCGCUCAGAUUGCCUCGAGCGGAACGUCAGAAAGCAUCGAACAGGUCUACGAUCAGUACUUGAACUUCGUUGUUAGCGAGCCCAACCUGUUCAGUCUGGGAAUGGGCAAGGACGUCUACUACACCAUGAACAGUGCUCAAACGAGCGAUGAAGAGAUUGACGCCAAGGUUGAUCGCAUCGUCAGUGGACUGUUCAGUGUAGCAGUGACCAUGGGUUCGAUCCCCAUCAUCAGAUGUCCGAAAGGAGGUGCAGCGGAAAUGAUUGCAGCCAAACUGGAUCGCAAGUUGCGUGACCAUAUCUUGAACGCAAAGGACAACCUUUUCUCCAGCGCCAACGCCCGUACCAGCACUGCAGCUGCCACACCCGCUUCGCGGCCUAUCUUGAUUAUUGUCGACAGAAACCUCGAUCUUGUUCCCAUGCUAUCUCACUCUUGGACCUACCAAUCGUUGGUACACGACGUGCUCAAAAUGCACCUUAACCGAAUCACAGUCGAGCUGCCCGGAGACGAUUCCGAUGUCACCAAACCUGCGACCAAGCGGGCAUAUGACCUCAACACAAAUGACUUCUUCUGGACCAGAAACGCAGGAGUACCUUUCCCACAAGUCGCCGAGGAUAUCGAUUCGGAAUUGACUCGCUACAAAGAGGAUGCCAAUGAGAUCACCAAGAAGACUGGCGCUUCUUCGAUUGAGGACCUGCAGAAUGACACAUCAACUUCGGCCCAGCAUCUGAAAGCAGCCAUCACAUUGCUUCCCGAGCUGAGAGAGCGCAAGAACAUUCUCGACAUGCACAUGAAUAUUGCUACAGCACUUUUGAAGGGUAUCAAAGACAGACAACUGGACAACUUCUUCCAACUGGAGGAGAACAUCAAUAAGCAAACGAAAGCGCAGAUGCUCGAGUUGCUUCAAGACUCUGACAAAGGCAAAGAACCUCUGGACAAACUCCGAAUCUUCAUCAUCUGGUUUUUAAGCACAGAGCAGGAGGUUUCUCGCGCGGACAUGGACAAGUUCGAAGAAGCUUUGCGUAAUACUGGGGUCGACACCACACCUCUGACCUACGUGAGACGUGUACGAGAAAUCACACGCAUGACCAUGAUCUCGUCUGCACCAACUCAACCAGCCCAAUCAUCAGCGUCUAAUGAUCUGUUCCGUGGAUUCAGCUCCCUUUCCAAGGGGCUGACGGACAAGUUCAAGGAGGCUGGAAUUGGCUCAAACUUUGAGAAUCUGAUCUCGGGCGUCAAGAACUUCCUGCCAGCUAACAAGGACCUGACCCUGACCAAGAUUACCGAAUCAUUGAUGGACCCUUCCAACGCUAGUACCAGCGCUCUUCAGAAGACGGAAGGAUAUCUGUACUUCGAUCCACGCAGUGCAAAUGCUAGAGGCACAAUGCCGCCAUCAGCAGCACAAGCUAGAAAUCCAGGCAACAACAGUGUGACACGAGGCAUUGAAGCCAGCUUCGGUCAACGAAGACAGGGUUACAGUGAAGCCAUCGUCUUCACGGUCGGUGGUGGCAGCAUGGAUGAAUAUGGCAAUUUGCAAGACUGGGCGAACAGGACGAGUGGGCAAGGAGCAGCGGGAUCGGUAAGCAAGAAGCGUAUCGUGUACGGCAGCACGGAGCUUGUAAAUGCGGAGGACUUUGUACUUGGAGAACUGACCAAGUUGGGCAACGAAAGCGCAUAGACAGGCAGCUUUGUUGGUCUCAGUAUCAGGAUGUACG